AUGCCGAAAGAUAUAGAAGUAUCCGCUGCGACCUUUGGCAACGACGAAGAAGGGGUCGAUACGAUCUUCGUUAAGGAAAAGCCGAAGAAGACAUGGCGGAGCAAUAUAUGGGACACUUGGGACAAAACACCCGAGGAGCGGCGAUUCCUGUUCAAACUAGAUGCGGGAAUCCUCUCAAUCUGUUGCUUAGGGUACUUCAUCAAGUACCUCGAUCAGGCUAACCUAACUAAUGCCUACGUGUCCGGCAUGCAAGAUGAUCUCGGCAUGUACGACAAUCAGCUGAACUAUGUAACCACUUUGUGGACUGUGGGAUAUAUCAUUGGUCAAAUACCAAGCAACAUUGUUCUGACGAGAGUGAGGCCGUCUAUUUGGCUGCCUUCAUCUGAGCUAUAUGUGCUGCGAUUCUUCAUUGGACUGGCAGAAAGCACGUACUAUCCUGGCGUGUUGUACAUGAUGGGAGCAUGGUAUCGCAAGGAUGAGCUCGGAAAGCGAGCAGUCAUAUUUAACGUCAGCUCGGCACUGGCCACCAUGUUCUCAGGCUAUCUCAUGACAGCGGUGAUUGGCCUCGAUGGACGGGGCGGCUUGAAAGGCUGGCAAUGGCUCUACAUCAUGGACGGAGUCAUUUCACUGCCAUUGGCUCUGGCCGGCUUCUUCGUUAUGCCCGAUACCCCUGCCAACAGUCGCGACAAAGCGAUUGCAAUUGCCCGGGUUCAAAAGGAAAAGCGGGAGCAACUUCAGCCAUACACGAGACAGAAAAUGUUCAAGAUCCUGGCCUCAUGGCAUAUUUACCUUCUUCCUCUUCUAUUCUUCCUAGCUGGUGCUGCUGGCGCCCUCGGUCAGCCGAUCUUCUCUCUGUACCUCAAAGAUAGCGUAAAUCCAAAAUAUACGACUGCUCAGAUCAAUGACUAUCCGACUGUGACCUCCGCCGUGCAAAUAGUCGCUUGUCUCGUUUACGCGUGGGUAUCUGACGGCCUCUUGGACGGAAGGAGAUGGCCGGUCCUUCUUUUUGCAACAACGAUUAGCUUUGUCUUAUACGUUUCCCUUGCGGUGUGGGAUAUUCCUGAAGGGUGGCGUUGGGCCUGUUACAUUAUAGCGGGACAAGGGGUGAUUGUUAGCCCUCUCAUCCUAGUAUGGGCAACGGAAAUUUGCUCGGACGAUGCUGAAGAGCGGGCAAUAGUAGUGGGCACCACGAAUGAUUUCGGAUAUGUCAUCUCGGCGUGGCUGCCAUUGAUUAUCUGGCAGACUGUCGAUGCUCCCAGAUAUCACAAGGGUUUCAUCACGGCUAGUUGCUCCUGUGUAGCUGCUGUCGUCCUUAUCAUGGUGAUCAAUAUUCUUGUAAGACGGGAUCAAAUAAGUUUGAUUGCCUUAGCUGCAGAGCAGCUUGAGUAUACGCAGUAA